CAUUUCAAUACUGGUGAGCUUUCAAAUAAAAUUAACAGGAUGGCCGCAAAGCAUUUCGCAGCGGUCGUCAUGUUUUUAAUUGUGUGUCAGGAUUUGGCUAUAGCAAAUCCAGGAGAUGAUUUUGACCUUGUGAUUUUGUUUGAAUCAUCUGAUGAUUCUCGAUCUACGAAUUUUGUUGAGGAAAAGCGAUUUCUUUCACGGCUUGUACGGCAGAUGUUUCCAAGCAACAACAGGAUCGCUUUGUAUACAUUUGGCAAAAGUACAUAUAGUCAGUUUUCUCUAGAUAUGUAUUCUACUCCACAGGACAUUCUUCAGGCAAUUCAGUAUAUGUGGUUUAGCACCGGAAAUGGGGCUUUGGCACCCGCAAUUAAUUUUACCAUAGCGGAUGCCUUUCAGUCAACUGGCGGUGACAGAGAAUGUACUGCAAACUCAAUGUUGAUUGUUACUCACUCGGCAAUCAUUGACAGCGAUCAGGCAUUAACGCUUGCCGAACAGCUCGUGGACAAAAUGGUCACGACGUUCAUUUUGAAUAUGGCAGGACCAUCUGCUAAUCUCAACUUUGAGACACUAACAAACGAUUCCUCUCGAGUAAUCGACAUUGCAAAUUGGACAGUGUUGCAGAAUAUGUCACUUUCAGUCGCCAACUCAUUAAAAUCAGAUGUCGGAAGUACUGACUGUGGCCGUCUGACACAGUGGCAGCCUUGGACAGGAUGCAGUAGAACUUGCGGAUAUGGAUUUACGUUUCGAACACGUCAAUGUCAGAAGGAAAAUCCAUCCGAUAAAGAUUGCAUGGGGGAUUUUUCAGAAAAUAAACCAUGCUUUCUUACCGCUUGUACAGAUCCUAUAGACGGCAACUGGGCGUUUUGGGGAAAUUGGGGUUCUUGUUCAAAAACAUGUGGCACAGGUUUACAGCAGCGAGCCCGCUCUUGCACUCUGCCAGCGCCCGCUAAUGGCGGUAAAGCCUGUCCCGGAAACAAUACGCAGACAAAAACUUGUGCCGACUACGAUUGCCCAAAUUGCAAUGCCCCGUGUCCGCCUGGAGCCCACAGGUCACAAGACUGCAAAAUCUGCGAAUGUUCAAGUCUGACACUCAAUGGAAAAGUAAUGGAUGACAACAGCGAAAUUGUACAGAAUGCUAGCAUAUUCUUAGAAUCUAGCAAAUAUAGCCCGCUUGCGACAACGGAUGAGUUUGGUUUGUUUCAAAUAAGUGGUGUUUGCUUGAUGAACGAGCGCGUGUUCAUAUCGGCUGAACACUGUGCUGAUGCCCAUAUUACUCCAAAAGAAGUCAACGCAACGCACUGGACGCUACCAGAUUUCAAACUUGAUGCUUAUGUUCCACCUACACUCACAGUUGAACCUGAAGAUAAAAUUCGAAUGGUAGGACAAAGUCUUAGUCUUUGUUGCAGUGGAAUUGGAAAGCCGAAGCCGACCGUUUUCAAAUGGUACAAAAAUGGCAUUGAAAUAGAGGACGCAGGCCUAAACGGUACAUUGUAUUUUCAUACAACUCUAACAAAAGGAGACUCUGGAACGUACAAAUGCUCAACAGAAACAGAAGCUGGGAUCACAGAAUCUAGAGAGGCGGAUGUCGAGAUCAAAGACAGCGGAAGUAGUGAUACCUGCGGAUCUCCAGUUUCCCAACUGGAAACGCUUCCAUCAGGAUGUUUUGUAGCUGGAGAUGUUAACAGGGAUAACACAGUUGACAUAGGAACAUGCGGCAAAUUACCUUGUAUAAGGUCAUCAUUGCACGAUAACGGCUCGUGCAGCGAUUACUGGCCGCACCACUGUUGUGAUGUCAAAAUAGUUGAAUCGAUAGGAAUUGACUGUGUUACAUUUAAUUACACAAUUUCCCGUGUAAAAUCUUGCGAAUGUAAACCAUGCAUGUUCAAAACGGUAUUAUCUGGAAGGGCAUUUGGACGGCAAAAUGAUACAGACGUUCCGUUACGACUGGGCGACAUCAUCAUCAACGGAAAAAAGUUUGCAACGACUAAUAUGGGUGGAUUUUUUAAAAUGGAUUUCCCUAAAGGCAUCAGGCGAGUUGUUGCUACUUUUCAUGAUCCAAUUUUCAAGAAGUUCACAGAUGUUACAAAAGUUAUAGAAGUGAAUGAAGGGUCUGAUACCUUUGCUACGAUUGUUGUACCCUUAAAACCCGUGCCAAUACCCUUUGCGUCAAAUAACGGCACUGAGAUAAACCUUGGUGGUAAUAAACACACCCCACCAGCUGCAAAACUGUCAAUACAGCCGGACUCUAUUGUUACAGCAGACGGUAAAACCUUUAACGGAAACGUUAAGGCGUCGCUACAUUUCAUGGACCCCAGAAACCGUGAUGAUAUGGAUGCUGCAAACGGCAACUUUGAAAGUGAGGGUCCAGAUGGUAGCAAGGUUCCUUUAAGUACCUUUGGAAUGUUUAAGUUUGACAUGACUGAUGACAAUGGAACAGAUCUUACUGUAAAUAAACCUCUGAAAUUUUCGCUCGACGCGUCAUUAUUCGAUGUGCCAUUAGACGAAAAUGGCGAACCACAACUAUCAGUAUGGAAUUAUGACCAGAACAAAGGAACCUGGGUUGAAAUUGCAAAAAUGAAAAAGAAUCCAGUGGUUACAGGAAGAAAACUAUUAGCAGCUUCGGAAACAUAUAUCGUUGACUACCGUCAACCAGUUAUACCAAUACUUGACCAGUAUAAUCAAAGAACUGUUACCAAUCAAAUAAUAACUGGCUAUACGAACUGUGAUCAUAGUGUACCAAUAUAUGGGUACAAGACAGUCACCAUUAGGGAACCAAAAGCGGGAGCAUGCUUCGUUAGUGUGUCUGUCUAUAAAGAUCUGACUCUCAAACAAACAUAUGAUGCAGGCGAUAUAGAAAUAAAAACUUAUGUACAAAAUCCUGGAAGCACGUCUUACAUUGGAACAUCAUCAAUAAAAGUCCUUAGAAACGGGCAUGCAUGCAUACCAACGCUUUGUCAAAAGAACGUUUACAUACACGUUGUAAGAAAUUCUAAAGAACGACUUUAUCCAGGCAAACAUUACCUGCCACACCCGGGUUACAUCACGCAAACGAAGGACAACGAAAUUUUGUUUGUCUCAAACGACGUUGGUUCUCAUUUUGACAAAUCGUCACCUUUGUAUACACCUAAUACAUUGUUCAAGGGUCCAAUGUUCCAGCUAGCUGACAAGUUCAGCUGCUCACGAUUGACUGCAUUAGACAACCAUUUUACAUUUAAGUUUGCACCGUUUACGAAAACUCCGACUCUCAACACUGUUGCUGGAAUAGGAAACUAUGAUGCUAAAAAGGCUUGGUAUCCCGUUUCUCCUGCAUCUGUGACGUUUCGUAGCUGUUUUAUGAAAUUACGGGUGAAGGUAACUGAUGCCGCUGAUUUGAGGAUAAUUGCAACAAGUUUUAUACAAGAUACAAAGGGAGAUCAGUUUGGAUCAUACGAUGUUGGGCCUAUUCCAGAUCCAAGAAAAGAUGAUAUCACAAUGCGCGGUGCUUGUUUUGAAUUCAGAUGUCCCGGAUUGAUCAAUGAUGGAAACAAUUUCUACAUGAAUUACUCUACAGCCGUUAAAGUUCAACUUCUUAGUAGCAGCAAUUUCAAGUGUCAAAUGAGAGAGGUCAAAAACGGACUUAACGUGCAGCCUAUUCAAGAUCCCACAAAAGGAGAUAUCGGUCUGAUUUUCACAGCAGAACCAGGCAAUAACUACGGAUCUAAAUACGGAGUAUUUGUUGAAGACAAAACCCCAAAAGAAACCGAGCAAUUUUGUAACAGCGGCGUUAACUUCGGACGUAACCUUGAUGGCAUGAUGAACCCGUUUUCAAAUGCUGCAGCUUUUUUUGAUUGCACAAAAUAAUAAUAAUUCAUAAUGAUAUAGAAAUUAUUUCGCACUUGAUCUAUUAACUUUCUUGACACACACAUAUAUAUA